AUGAGUGCCAAACAACCGAAAUUGUCAAAUUUUAUUGUGCUACUUAAUGGACAAAUCGAUAGCGCCGAGUUUCUCUCCUUUGAUAAUUUUUACUGCAAAUACUCAUAUGUAUAUGGUAUUGACUGGAAACAAGUUGGUGGUGUUCAUGAAGGACUUAGUGCACGAUGUGAACGUCAACGUUUCGGAAAUGCUGAAAUAACUAUUGCUAUGCCCAUUGAAGCCACCUUUACCUCAACCAGUCCAUUUGGUUGGCCGCAAAUUGUACUCACCUGUUACGGGUCCGAUUUCUUUGGCAAUGAUGUUGUUUGUGGCUAUGGAGCUGUACAUAUUCCAACCGUUCCAGGGAGAUCGGUAAAAAGGAUAAUAUUGUUUGUGCCGGAGGCUUCUACAUUAUUGCAACGUUUUAUUGGAUGGCUUACUGGGAAGAGAGCUGAAUUUGUGGAUUCGACAAUCCCUGCAACGGCAGAUGGCCGACAAGUUACAAAAGUGAGGAGCCAAGGAAUCAUCACCGUAACUAUGGAUAUUGUACUCAAAGAUAUGAAGAAAUAUGGUUACGAUGUGACACCAUCAUCGUUAUACAGGAUUUCAGAAUGUCCCCUGCCUGACUUCACGAAGACAUUUGAUGAACAGGUUCAAGUUGAGAAAAAACUAGAAGAUCCAGUCACUAAAUCUAAAGAAAUCUCUGAGCCCGAAACUAAACCAGGACCAUCAAAUAUCUCCCAAUCAAUGAUGUCACAUGCCUCAUCGUCACCAUCGACUCGACCACUUCCUAUGCCAAGACAAGCGACAGAAAAAGGUACGGAGAGCACUGAAGAGAUCAGACAGGGUAUAACACCCUAA